UGCACCCUUAUCGCUGAACUGAAAUGUUGCCAAAUUGGAUCGAGUGUGUUUUGUAAAUCACAGAUAUACUAUAUACCAUAGAUAUAUAUAAAUCUCUUGGGGAAAAGCAACUGUUUAUAGAGCCAGAGUGAAUGCGAAAUAUGCUAGUAAUAAGAAUUAAUGGUCAGCCAGCAUCGAAGCAAUGACAGUGCGAGGCAUCGAAGCCAUUAAAUUGUACAUGCCGAUGUCAAAGGCAGAUGCAGCAGCAGCCAUAAAGACAAAUAUACCAGAGGAAACGGGCAGAACAAUCGAACCAGUUGUUCCUGUUGAUGGUGGCAAUAACAACGGGAACACAAUGAACUCUGUGGAGCGUUAUAGACAAGAAUGGACACAGUUGCUGGCCAAUUUGGAUGAGAAUCCCGAGAUGCUGCGAGCAGCUGCAUUCAGCGGGAAACUAAAGAUGUCCAAGUUUCGGAGCAUCCAUUGGGCGCUGUUGCUUCGCGUGCUCAAUGCGGAUUAUCGCAGCUGGCCCGGUCAGCGGCAACAGCAGCGAAGCAGAUAUGAAAAGUUUCGCGUGGAUUAUGUUAGUAAUCCUCAUGAGCUGGCGGUGCGGGAAAACGAUGAUCCCUUGUCGCAGUCGACGCAGAGCGUGUGGAAUCAGUACUUCAGUGAUCAGGAGCUGUUUGCGCUCAUACGGCAGGAUGUGGUGCGCACCUUUCCAGCCGUUGAUUUCUUUCGCAAGGCCCUCAUCCAGAAUGCCAUGACAAACAUACUUUUCUACUAUGCCCGAGAACAUCCCUAUAUGUGCUAUCGCCAGGGCAUGCACGAGAUAUUGGCGCCCAUCAUCUUUGUGCUGUACAGCGAUCAUCAGUCGCUGUUGCAUUUCAGUGAAAUCGCCAAGACGGAAAUCAAUGAGACACUGUUAGAUGUCUUGAAUACAGCCUAUCUGGAAGCGGACACCUACUCCAUUUUUUCGCGUCUUAUGGCUUCGGUUGAGUCCUAUUAUCGCGUUUCUCGUUUCGCCUCCACGCCAGGCGGUGACUUGGAAACGCAAAGAGUAAACGAGUCCCCGAACGCUGACGCUGAGCUGCAAUCUGAGGCGGAGGUUAUCAGUCAGCUGAAUUUCAUUCGUGAUAGAAUACUUGCCAAGCAGGAUCAACACUUGCACCAUUAUCUCCUCAAAAUGGAAAUACCAUUGCAUAUAUUCGGCAUCCGUUGGCUGCGUCUACUCUUUGGGCGCGAGUUUAUGCUGAUCGAUCUGCUGGUGCUGUGGGAUGCCAUCUUUGCGGACAGCGACCGCUUCGACCUGCCCAACUACAUCCUGGUUGCCAUGCUGGUGCACAUUCGCGACAAGCUGCUGCUGAGCGACUAUACAUCGUCACUGACAUAUCUGAUGCGCUAUCCGAGCAAUGUGGAUGUCAACCUGGUGCUGCGACAUGCUCUGCACAUGCUGAAUCCCAAGCAGUUCGACUAUCCGGUGAAUGCCUUCUCCUGCGUCUCGUUCGCAGACAAUUUGGCAGCAGCCGCUGCCAGCGCAGCCGCUGCCAGCGCAGCCAUUGCACCAACGCCAUUUAAGUCGCAACGUGUGCACACCAAUUCGGAAUCUUCAACUGGUGCCAGUGGCAGCCACAUUAAUCGUCAGAUAACCUACAUGCAGGCACGAAAUGCUGAAAGCCUAUCCGCGUUGGCCAAGCUCCAAGAUACCAAUCGCAUGGCCAUGGAUGGCCACCUAGCAGACAGUCCUGAGCUGCUGCGCUUGGAGCUGAAGAAUGCGCACACUGUCAUCAAAAUCGCUCGCAGUAAACUGUUGAAUUAUCUGUCCACUGUGCGCCGGCAUAUGGACAAACAACAGGGCAACGAGGAGCUCAAUCGUACACUCGAUGGCAUCGAGGAGUUGUGCAGCUUUCUGGAUGUGAAGUUCAUAUUCCCGAUGCAUGCACGCACCACGCCCAUUGACGAGGCACUCGAAGCCAACGAGCGAAAACAGAGUGCGGUGAAGCCAACAAAUAACCCGACGAUGAGCAACAGUCAGCAGAUGCCCGGCCUGCCAUCGGCCAGUGGAGGUGGCAGUGGCUUUGGCGGCGGCUAUGAGAUGCCAGAGAAUGCGUUCAUGCACAAUUCGACGGCUCGUCUGCUGGGCGAUCGGCGGGAGAUCGAGUUGUCCACCAUCACGAGCGAUGAAAGGCCGGAAAUAAUGGUGCUACAAAAUGGUCUUCCAGCGGCCGAACCGCAACAGCGACCACAACAAUAAUGUUGAUGAUGAUGGUGAUCAAUCAUCAAUGGUGACUGAAACAUUUUAAUAUUAAGCGAUGUAAACAUUAAGUGAACUUAAACUGCGUCAACAAAGACCUUAGUGAUGUGUUUAUUUUUAUGCGCUGCAGCAGUGAAAUGAAAUACAGGAAAUAAAUCAAUGCAUUUGCAUAUUGAAAAUUCUAAAAUACUUAUCUGUACAUAUAGUUAACCAAAAUUCGAAAGAGAGAACAAAAAGAAGAGCAUCUCGCAUAAUUUGCAUGUGCAUAUCUUACAAGUAUACAAUAUAUAUAUAUGUCAUUAUAAUUCAUUAACUUGCCGAACUGAAAGUAACUCAAUUAUUGUACACACUUUAUCCAUAUUAAAUUUUCAAUUCAUUCCAUUCA